CCCGCCCGCCUCUCCCGGCCCGGCCCGGCGGGGCUGCGCGCAUGCGUGCGCGGCGGCGGGGCCAUGGCGGGCCGCGGGCGGCGGGGCCGAGGGCGGCGGGGCCCGGGCGCGGAGCAGCGGGGCCCGGGCGCGGCCCGCGACGUCCCGAGGCGGAGCCGGUGCUGCCCGUGGUGCGGCCGCGGCCUGGAGCCCACCUUCCGCUUCUGCCCGGCCUGCGGCGGGAGGCUGCCCGCGGAGCCUCGGGAGGAGCCGGCCCCGGCGGAGCAGCCGCCCCCGCCCUCACCGCCGCCGCCGCCCCGGAGCCCGGCGGCCUCCCCCGCGGCGCGGCCCAGCUCCCGCUCGCCCCGCAAAGCGCGGCCGGGGCCGGCGGUGCCGCUGCCGGCCGGGACGGUGCUGGCGGACCGGGGCGGCGGGCAGUGGCGGCUGGGCCGCCUCCUGGAGCAGGGCGGCUGCGGGCUGCUGUACGAAGCGCAGUCAGCAUCUGGAGCCUGUCCUCAAAAGCAAAGAUACUCCCUCAAACUUGAUGUCAAAGAUGGCAAGAUCUACAAUGAACAGAAUUUCUUCCAGCGAGCUGCAAAGGCAGGCACAGUGGAGAAGUGGAAGAAGUGGCACUCUGUGCCAUUGCUGGGAAUCCCCAGUUGCGUUGGCUUUGGACUGCAUGCAGAUAGCUACAGGUUUUUGGUGUUCUCUGACUUAGGGCGAACUCUUCAGUCCGUCCUGAAUGAUGGCUUACACGUGCUGAAGGAGAAGGCAGCUUUUCAGAUCGUAGUCCGGCUGCUAGACUGCCUGGAGUACAUUCAUGAAAAUGAGUAUGUGCAUGGGGACGUCACAGCUGAGAACAUCUAUUUGAACCCAGCUGACCUCACACAGGUGACCCUAGCAGGCUAUUGCUUUGCGUUUCGUUACUGCCCAGGAGGGAAGCACGUGGCUCACCGUGAAGGCAGCAGGACCCCUCAUGAAGGCACGAUGGAGUUUAUCAGUCUGGACAGCCACAAGGGAGCAGGACCAUCUCGCCGGAGUGACUUGGAAUCUCUGGGCUACUGUCUGCUGAAAUGGCUCUGUGGCUUCUUGCCUUGGUCUGAUGAGCUGGACAAAGUAGAAACUGUGGUGGAGAAGAAAGAAAAGUACAGAGCAGAUGUGAAAUGCCUUCUUCAACUAUGCUUCAGGCAGAGAUCCAUUCCAGAUGCCCUACAGAGCUACCUGCAGCAAGUGAUGGCACUAGGGUACGAGGAGAAGCCUGACUAUGAGGCGCUACGGCAGCUCUUCAAGAAGCCACUGGAAAAGAUGAAAGCUUCAGCUUAUGACUCUGUGGAUAUCAAAAUGGUGCCCUAAAUCAAGAAAACAUGUACAGGAAAAGGGUUCAAAGCUUUCUGCAGUGCAAGGCCUUUCCCGCAGUUAUUUAACUUUUUCUACCUGUUUUAGAACUUAGAUGUUUUUUAUAAGUGUUUUCUUCCGAUUUUAAUGUGACCCACACGCUGAAUUUUGAGCUGCUGCUAUAACAAGUUAAUGUGAAGACACCCCUGCAUGGCAGGUCAUUGUAAGCAGUAGCUGGAGAACUGCUUACUGGGAGAAGGGUGAAGCCUGGCACAGAAUAACUAAAUCAGGGAUUGAUUUUUUUUUUUUUUUACUAUAGUGGUAGUACAUAGUUUUGUAAUAAACUUUGUCGACAAGCA